GUGGCGAGGCGAGUCGUAUAUUAGAGGUGUUUCAGUGCGUUGAAAAUGAUCGGAGAGAUAACUCACGUUGUAGUUAUCGCGUGGUUGCGAUUUUAAUUUAGAAAAAAAAUAACUGUGUAGUGAAAAUAAUAAAUAUGAGUGCUCCAAUUCCCGCACCUAGAAAUUUGGGAAACAAUGAAACUAAAAAACCUAUUCCAGCUCCGAGACAACUAAUUCCCAUUCGACCAAGUAGAUCUAAAGAUAAGAAAAAAGAACAAUUUGGGGAAUCACUUGAUAAUGAUAAAGAUAGUAUUAAACUAGACGAAGUUGAUAACGUAAAAAAUAACGAUUUUAAUAGUAAUACUUUUACGAGACGUGUUCGUACUUUGAGUAAUGCUUCUAAACAAAUCGCUGAAGAUAUAGGUGGUAAAGUUUUAGAAGGUAAAAAGGCAGUAAUUGAAAGUACUCGAACGAGCGUUCGUCGGAUAACAAAACGAUUCCACUCAAACAAUAACGAACAAAAUGAUCAAGUUGUUGAAGAAUUCCAAGAUAUCCCAAUCGGUAUUUUUGACUCAAUCACAUUUAAUUCGCCCAUAAAUAGUAUAUAUUCCGAAUUAGAUGAUUACAACUCCCCACCUCCUCCUUACCCACCACCUGCGUUACCUGAAGAACACACAUACGAUGCGCCUCAAUCAUUAACGUCCGGUAGCACAAGUUCGAAUGAAAUAAAUACAAGAAAUGAUUAUGAAAGCGUUUUCCCAGCGGCUACUCAAAACAGCGACUCAGAAAGUUACUUAGAUGUACCAUCAACUGAUAGUGUUAGUAUUAAUUUAAACCGCUCGGAUUCUUGGAGAUUUUACGACGAAGUUCCUCCAUUCGUGCAAAAAACAGAACAAAUUUAUAACAAUAUCGAUAGCACACCAUCUUUAGCCCCAGAAAAUGCUUCGAUUUGUAGCGGCACAAUGCGCACAAAUUCGAUAUAUGAGAAUCACGAAAUUGAAACUAGAUGCAAAGAUGAAACUCAUAGAGUUGCUGAAAGUGUUAUUUUGCAAUUCGAUCCAUUAAGGGAAUCAACGUACGCGAACGAAGCGGCCGGAAACGAGGAAUUGUUAAAUUUAGAACGGUUAUUAUUAGGAGAUUUAUGCGAAACCGUAACUCCCGCGAAUACAAUCGACGAUUGGAGUUGUUCCACCGAAUCGGAUAUUGAAGAAUAUAUAAACCCGCCGGCUCCACCGGAACGACACGAUUCGUUACCAUCCCGCGAAUCCUCCCCGUUACCAAAACGCAAAGAACCGGCGAAAGAGAAAGAACGUGAAAGUAAAACGAAUUGGUACACUUCAGAUAAUGUGAAUAUUAAUUCAACUCCCACCGCGAGUACAAAAAAUUCAAAAUUAAACCUUUUAAAACACGUAAACGACGUUUUAAAGAAAGCGCCGCAGUUAGUUCGGGGAAAAUCAAGUAAAGAUAGUUAUUUAGCGAGACCAUCGUUAAAUACAAGAAAUGCGGGGCAUCAAAGAGGAUUGUUAUAUAAAGUUACUAACGGGCCGGUUGAAGAUUUAUUCGGGGAAUUUAAUUCGCGUUGGUGCACACUUGAAGGACAGUUAUUCUUGUGCCAUACUGACAACACUUGUAAUACGAUUAAGGAGAAUUUUCCAAUGGUUAAUAUUUUGAGUAUACAAUUAUUGGAGGAUCAAAAAUAUAAAUAUAAAUACGAUAACGAAGAUAUUCAUUGUUUUGAAUUGAACACAUCCGGUAAAAGUCGCGGUGGACACAUCUAUGGUAGCAAAAGCCAAUCUGAACGUAGAUUGUGGAUGCAAAAGUUGGCGGAAAGUCUCACGUCGCGAUUCGGAUCGAAGGUCACAUCUGAUUAUCAAAGGAUGGGUUGGGCGUAUGUUCGCGAGGGGGUCAGCGGCCACUGGACGGGAGCUUGGAUUGUUUUGUCCGGACGAUUUUUACACUACGCUUUGGAAAACUCAAAUAUGAAAUGUGUAGAUUUAAGGAAAGCUCGUUGUAUAAUCCUUCAACAACUCGAAGAGAAUGAUCAUUCCCCAAAAACAACCGAUAAGGGUCCCAAUUUACUCGUUGAUAGCCAAAGUGGUUCCGUUUAUUUCCGGAUGUGGACCGGAAGGGAAACUAAAGUUUGGUGCCACAUUAUUCGAUUGGCUGCACAUGAUAAUGGAUUAAAUUUGGAUCAACAACAGUUAACUAAGAAUGAUGUUCCUGUUAUUGUUGAGAAAUGUAUUAAUUUUAUUUACGUUUAUGGGAGUAUGGCUAAAGGGAUAUACAGAUGCGCAGGAAGUUCAAGUCACAUUAAUGAUAUAUUAACUCAAUUCCGUACAGAUGCUUGGUCCACACAGUUAACACCAGAUAAAUAUACCGAACAUGAUGUUGCUACCGCGUUAAAAAGAUUUUUUAGGGAUUUGCCAGAACCAUUAAUUAUGAAAAGCAAGCAACAAUAUUUUUAUCAAGUGUCCAAAGUGAGAGAUAAUGAUGAGAGAAUUCGGAUGUAUAGAGCAGUUUUUGAUGCUUUCCCAAAAGUUUUUGCAAAUACAAUAAGGAUUCUUUUGGGUCACUUAAAUUUUAUUGUUUCGCAAUGUAAUAAAAACCUCAUGGAUUUGGAGAAUAUAUCAUCAGUUUGGGGGAUGACUUUAAUGAAAUCAGAGGUCCACGCACUUCCUUCUAAUGAACACUACACAAACAAAGAUAGUGAAUUAAUAGCGGAUUUAAUUCUAUUAUACCGAGAUAUUUUCCCUGAAAAUCAGCGUGAUAUCGAAAAGGAACGUCUGAUGUUAUCAGUACUUGAAAGAUACAACAAUCAAGUACACACAAAAAUAAACAACACAAAAGUAACCGGCGAAUUUCGAAUUUGGAUUUAUUUAAAUUCAAAACAAGGAAAAACUUAUAACGUGGCUAUUGGCCCCCAAAAAACAGCAUAUCAAGUCUGCGCAGAAUUAUCAUCAAAAAUACAACUACCAGUCGAUAAAUUACAAUUAGAAGAAUUAGUUUUAAACGAAAAUUUACACCGGCCAAUUCAUUACACGGAAAAAGUGUUGGACGUCGUUUUAAAAUGGGGUUAUUGGGAUGACUCCGAUCGAAAAGACAACUGCCUCAUUUUAUCCCCAAUUUCAAAAUAUGCCAUGUAUAUCAGCGAUAAAAUUUACCCCGUUAGUGGUGAAUUAAAAUACGCCGAUUCGAAAUCGAAAAAUUUUAGAUCACAUAUGUUUGAUUUACGACAAGCGAAGUUAAGUUAUUAUAAAGAUCAUAAAUGUAUUAAUGUAAUUGAAUCUUGGAAGAUAGAAGAUUUAACUUGGUAUUUUGGUCACGAGCCGAAACGAAAUAAUAUCCCUUCAAAGCAUGUAAUAACGUUUUUGAUGAAAGAUGUAAAACCGAAUCGGACGAAAAGUUCUCCGUUUUUCGGAAAUGUUAUUGCUUGGCAAGACGAGGCUUUUCUCAUCACUUGGAUAUCAUCGAUGUGGCGCAGCUCGCAUCCGCACGAAUUUUUACCACCUCCUCAACACGUCGCUAUCAUCGAUUCAUAAUCUUCACGUUAGUUAAAAGACUGGGUUUUAAUUCGCUUAGUAUUGAGCAUUAAAAUAUUGUGCCUUUAUUCGAAAAAGUUAUGAUUCUAAUCAUAACCUUUUUAUCUAUUUUUUUAUACCAUAGUAGUUUUUAAAGUAUUUUUUUAAUUCAAUAUAAACCAAUAUGUUUUAUAGUAUUUUUAAUGAUAAGAUAAUAUGAUAAGACGUAUACAAGAAAUUUUAAUUACUGAUGUUAUAUAUUAUCUUAAGACCUGUGAUUGAAUGUGGUGCAUUAUUAAUUUACUUGGAUUACAUUGUUUAUUAAUAUCUAUGUUGCUUUUAUUCAAUUUUAGUCGAAUGUUUAGAUCUUAAUGUGUUAUUUUUAACAUUUAACAUUUUUUAAUCCAAAGUAUACAAUAAUAAAGUUUUUUCUAAAUUUAA